UCAGACGAGAGGAGACACACACAGCAGCAGCACAUCUGUCAGUGUUCCUGGACACGCUCAGGAGACACAGGGGCUACGCGCCUCCCGCAACAUCGCUGAGGCGCAGACGUGACACACGCAAGGAGACACACACAUUCUUACACACACACACACACACACACACACAUAUAUACAUACUCAGGAGGACGAGUGGACUUCAAACAGAGAAGAAGGUGGAGUCCCCCGCGAGCUGAAGUCCCCCUGCUUGGCGUCCACACGCGCGCGUCACCUGGGGAACCGGGAGAGGGAGCGACCGAGAGCGGUCGUGAGAACAGAAAAAAGGGAGAAGGAACAGUAAACAAAAGAAAGAAAAAAGAGAAAGGAAUAAGGGGAGCGACAGCGCGGAGAGAGGAGAGCUCCCGGGCGGAAGCCCCCAGCGUUCUGGGCAAGGGGACACCCCCCCACCCUUUGGCAGAGACGGAGAGAGGGAGAGUCGGGGCGCGUUCCCCCCUCUCCUUCUCGACCCUGCACGCUGACAGGCUGGCCGCCGGCACGGCCAUGGCGUUCACCUUCGCGGCCUUCUGCUACAUGCUAACGCUCGUGCUCUGCGCCGCGCUCAUCUUCUUCGUCAUCUGGCAGAUCAUUGCCUUCGACGAGCUCCGUACAGAUUUCAAGAACCCCAUCGACCAGAGCAACCCAACCAGAGCAAGGGAGCGAAUCCUGAAUAUAGAGAGAAUCUGCAACCUGCUGAGGAGGUUGGUGGUUCCAGAAUAUUCCAUUCACGGCCUGUUCUGCUUGAUGUUCAUGUGUGCUGGAGAGUGGGUCACCCUGGGUCUGAACAUCCCCCUGCUCUUCUAUCAUCUCUGGAGGUUUUUCCACCGGCCGGCUGAUGGUUCGGAGGUGAUGUAUGACCCUGUGAGUGUCAUGAACGCAGACAUCCUAAACUACUGCCAAAAAGAGUCCUGGUGUAAAUUGGGCUUCUACCUGCUCUCUUUCUUCUACUAUCUGUACAGCGUUUUUAUCCUUUCCCUCUUUUUUUAGUAUGGUCGAUGCUUUGGUGAGCUUCUAAAACCCAAAGCUGAGUUAAAACAAGAACCACAAAAACAACAACAACAACAACAACCACAACAACACCAACAGCAAAAAGGAUGACAGCCGCAACAAUAACGCAACACCAGAGGACAACAAUACCACGGGUUUUGGAAGAGCAACGCUGCACACACGUCUUCUUCAAUCAUCACACCAUCAGAAAACUCUUGUUCAACUCCUCCUCACGUCUCUCCUGUGGACAUGGUCUGGAAGAUAGUGAAUUAACAUAAAUCAACGUGGAGAAAAAAAAAACAAUCAUUGUGAGAGCAAAGAAAUGAAGGAGUCUUUGCUGAGCCAGCUCAGACACUGCCAUUGGAUGACUUGAGAGAGUGAGAGAUGGAGAUGGAGUUGAAGAGGAAGAGAGAGAGGAAGAGGAGAGAGAGAUGGAGGGAUGAAAGGAGAUGGAGGAGGAGGAGGCAGCGUGUUUUGUAACACAGUUUCACUUUUUAAGGGCUGCUGGACCUGUGCUGCUCAAAACCACUUGGGUUUCACAGACUGAGCUGAGGCACAAGUGUGAACUGCAAAAAUAUCCUGUUACAUAAAACUUAAUAUUGAUGUUACGUUUCAGUAUACUUCUGUUCAACUCCAUGCUAUGUUAAAAGAAGAAAACAUUUGUGAGAUGCACAAUCCUUAUUUAGUUGAGAUACUGUAAUACUCAUAUACUAUUUCAAUAGUUGUGGUAGAUUCUUUGAACCCUGAUGAUAUUGGUAGGUAGCUGUAUUUAAAUACUGAUGACAUUGUUUAACUGUAGAGUUUUGAUCAGAAGUGGUACUACCUGUGCUCUUUUAGACAAAGAAAACCGCACAAACAAUAUCUUACUACUUCAGAAUACAGGAGAGAUACGUUUACAUUUAAUUCCAUGGCUAUUAAGCAAUGAGGGUCAAGCAAGGCCGAGAAAACUGUUGGAUAAAAAGCAGUGUGCUUCUGAUAUCACAGACUAAGAGGAUUUGACUGAGUGUGUUUAUCUGGUGUGUCGAGCUUUCUCGCAGAGUCUAUGGAAUUCGGCAGGCGGUCACUUUAACACUGUGUGGAAGCCGGGCGAUACCUGUAAGAGUGAGGUUGAACUUGAGAUUGAGGGCAAGCUCUCGCUACCCCCUCGAGGAGAGCGGGCCAAUUUGACCUCGCACCCCGUCCGAGCUCGAGAGUUCA